UUUACUUGAUCCAAAAUCACUUACAUGAGAUUGGACCCCAUUUUCUUAACAUAAUGAUAGUAUAAAGGAAUGGUUACACAAAGGAUUUUCUGCUGACAAACUAGUUUUAGGUUUGCCUUACCAUGGCUUUGCAUGGACACUUGUUAAAUCUGGUGACAAUGACAUUGGUUCACCAGCUUCAGGGCCGGCUGUCAUAAUUGAUGGUUCAAUGGGCUUUAAGUCAAUCAAAUCAUUCAUUCAAAAUUACGGUUAUGGCGUUGAAUCUUUGUAUAAUUCUACUUAUGUGGUCAAUUUUUGCAAAAUUGGAUCGAUUUGGAUCAAUUUUGAUGAUGUGGAAGCCAUUAAAGCUAAGGUUUCUUAUGCCGAGGCGAGGGGGCUACUCGGUUACAAUGCCUUUCAACUCUCCAAUGACGAUAAUUGGGUGCUUUCUCAAGCUGAAAAAUGCUAUUGACUUAGGCCUUUCAAUGUUCACAGCUUAUGGAAUAGGCACCAGUCACCGGGCAAAGCAUCAAUUAUUGGUUAUUGUUAUGGUUACAAUUGCAGCAGCGAUUCUACUGAUGUGGACUAUCAUUUGUUACCUGCAAACAAAAAUAUUCAAGUCACAAGGAGUUUUGGGUACUGUGAAAAAAUCAUCAUCCUCGAUAAUAAACAAAAUAUCAGCUGAGGGAGAGCAUGACAAUGGUGCUCCUCAUCUCCAAGUUUUCAGCUUUACUAGCAUUAAAGCAGCCACAAAUAACUUUUCAGAUGAGAAUAAGCUGGGGGAGGGUGGAUAUGGACCUGUCUACAAGGGUAAGUUACCGAAGGGGCAGGAAAUAGCAGUGAAGAGGCUUUCCAAACUUCUAAUCAAGGGCUUGAGGAAUUCAAAAAUGAGGUCACACUUACGGCACAGCUUCAACAUGUGAAU